AUGGUAGCAUAUAAUAUAGAAGAUGUAGAUCAAUGGGUGAUUGAUAACAAUAUAGAUAAAAUAGACGAGUUGUACAACAAAUAUUGUAAAGAUCAAUCAUCGGAUGACUUGCAAGACAUUGAUCUAAAGAAUGAUAUCAUCCGAAUGGCACAUAGAAUAUUACAUGCCGAUCUAUAUAAAUCAAUUACAUCGUCUCCUUUUAUCAAGAGUUUGAUCGGGUUGGAAGAGUUUCAAUCUAAUCCAAACUUGACUGCUGAGGGUAAGAAUAAUAAUAAUCAUUCUUUUGAAAGUAAGAUUGAUAAUUUAACAUUGGAUGGACACCCAUUGGCUGUAUUAUUGACGGGUGUUACACUAUUGAAUUUGUUUGUACAAAUCAAUUGGACUGGACCGACAGUAUCGAUAAAGUCGGGAUUGGAUCUUGACAAUAGAUUGUUCAAGGCUGUCAAAUCGAUUUUGGAAGUGGAUGGUGAACCAGUCUAUACAAAGGUUAAACACCCAUUCCUUUUGGUGUUGGCACGUAUCUGUUUGGUGGAGCAAUACUCUUAUUUGGCUGAUGUGCGAUCGGCAUGUUGGUGGUCAUCACGUUGCAUGAUGAUUCAUCAACGUUCAUUGUCCAACCCAACACCAACCAUCAAGACAUUGGUCAACGAAAGAUUCCAAUUUGUGUCUCGGUCGUUUGCCAAUGUCGCCGACAAUGAAAAGAACCAAAAUGUGAUUGAUAUGGCUGUACAGGCAAAACUCGAGCAGUCACUCUGCUACCACUACUACCGUCAACUCAACAAGACCAAGGAUUCACUUGCCGAAGCAUGUGACAUCUCGGGUCUCUCGGUUUCAUUGACCGGUGCACUCGGACGUAGAACACGUUAUCAAACAUUUGAUACUGCUCAAUUGAUUCUAGAUAUCAAGAGUGCACGUGAACGUACCGAACAAGAUAACGACAAGAUGCAAGUAGAUCAAAAGGAAAAGGAUUCAUCGGCCGGAGUAUUUGACGAGAAUCAUAAAUUCCAAGGUGAAGUGACCAACGAUGAUAUCACUCUAUUGUCACGUCCAAAGCUUAAAGAUGCCGAGCAUGAUAUGCGUAGUUUGAGAACCAUCGAUCAAGCCAUUCUCAACACUCUUUGUCUCAACAUUAAAAAUCAAAAUCCAAACAUUGGUUUGACCACCGAAGAGAUGAUGCCAUACAUGCACAAGGUUCUCCAACGUUCCAACAAUUGGAUGGUUCAUUCACAAGGUUUGUUGAUAAAGUCUCGUUUGGAAACGAUUAGUAGCAAGACUGUUGAGCGUGCAGCACUCCAAGUACAGGCUUUGGUCGAUCAAUACGACGAUCCAACCAGUACCGCUGCCGAGCGUCUCCGUUACAUCUAUGCAACAGACUACCCAUCUAGAUGGGACUUGGAAAAAGAGGUUGGAGAACGUUUUGUUUCGAUUGGUGCUGCUGCCACUGCCUUUGACAUUUUCGAGCGUCUUGAAAUGUGGUCCGACGCUAUCAGAUGUCUCACAUUUAUGGGCAAACAUGCUCGUUCUGAAGAGUUGAUUCUCCAGCGUCUCGAAAUCGAACCAACCCCCGAGUUGUGGUGUGUCCUCGCCGACGUUCGAGACCAACCCGAACACUACAUCACUGCCUGGGAGUUGUCCAAGCGUAGAUACUCUCGUGCACAACGUUCAUUGGGACACUACUAUAUUCGAAAGGAAAAGUGGGACGAAGCAAUCGAUGCCUAUACCCUAGCCCUUGCCAUCAACCCUCUCUUCCCAGGCAGUUGGUUCUCACUUGGUUGUGCAAGUAUGCGUGUAGAAAAGUGGGACGUGUCAGUCAAUGCAUUCUCUCGUACCAUUGCCCUCGAACCAGAGGAAGGAGAAGCCUAUGGUAAUUUGGCAUCAAUCUAUAUGCGUCAAGGAAAGUUGGACAAGGCAUUUGCCGCUCUCCAAGAAGGUAUCAAACAUCGUCGCGAGAAUUGGAAGAUGUGGGAAAACUAUUUGCACGUAUGCAUGGGUCUCAAAGACUACCAAAACGCCUGUUUGGCCACACUCAGUAUUUUUGAUUUGGCAGAGAAGCGUAUCAACCUUCACAUUGUUCAAACCAUUGCCAACUUUGUCAUUGAAGAUUCUGUCGAUCGUUCUGGAUUCAAUGGUCGUCGUUUUGAAUCUGUUGUCACAGACAUGUGUGACAAACUGACCGCCAAACUCACCAAUAGCCCCGAUCUCUGGGCACUCUGCUCUGACUAUCAUUUCCGUCUUGGUCAUUUGGACAGAGCCAUCGAUCUUCAACAACGUGCCUGUCGUACCGCCGAAAGUGAACAAUGGGAAAACAGUAAAGAUAGUUUUGAACGUGUCGUCAAACAUCAACAAGUACUCGUCAAUCUCUAUCUCAAACAAGACCCAAUCGUCAGUGAAAAUAUUUAUUCCUCAACCCUUAAAAUUAAAUCUUUACUUAAAAAGGUUGAAUUUACUUAUAGCAACACCGAACCAUUUAAAUUAUUAUUAGAAUUACAAUCAAUUUUAGAAAAUCAUAAAUAA